AGAGGUCCAAGACCUGAAGAACAGCUUGCAGUUCUCCCAGGGUCAGCUCGAUGAGUUAAAACAGGAGACCAGAGAGGUCCAAGACCUGAAGAACAGUGUGCAGUUCUCCCAGGGUCAGCUCGAUGAGUUAAAACAGGAGACCAGAGAGGUCCAAGACCUGAAGAACAGCUUGCAGUUCUCCCAGGGUCAGCUCGAUGAGUUUAAACAGGAGACCAGAGAGGUCCAAGACCUGAAGAACAGUGUGCAGUUCUCCCAGGGUCAGCUCGAUGAGUUAAAACAGGAGACCAGAGAGGAUGACAGCACUGUGUUUGGUGGGGACGACAACACUGUGUUUGGUGGGGACGACAACACUGUGUUCGGUGGGGACGACAACACUGUGUUUGGUGGGGACGACAACACUGUGUUUGGUGGGGACGACAACACUGUGUUUGGUGGGGACGACAACACUGUGUUUGGUGGGGACGACAACACUGUGUUUGGUGGGGACGACACUGUGUUUGGUGGGGACGACAGCACUGUGUUUGGUGGGGACGACAUCACUGUGUUUGGUGGGGACGACAACACUGUGUUUGGUGGGGACGACAUCACUGUGUUCGGUGGGGACGACAACACUGUGUUCGGUGGGGACGACAUCACUGUGUUUGGUGGGGACGACAUCACUGUGUUUGGUGGGGAUGACAACACUGUGUUCGGUGGGGAUGACAACACUGUGUUUGGUGGGGACGACAACACUGUGUUUGGAGGGGACGACAACACUGUGUUUGGUGGGGACGACAACACUGUGUUUGGAGGGGACGACAACACUGUGUUUGAAGGGGAUGACAACACUGUGUUUGGUAAGGAUGACAACACUGUGUUUGGUAAGGAUGACAACACUGUGUUUGGAGGGGACGACAACACUGUGUUUGGUGGGGACGACAACACUGUGUUUGGAGGGGACGACAACACUGUGUUUGGUGGGGACGACAACACUGUGUUUGGUGGGGACGACAGCACUGUGUUUGGUGGGGACGACAACACUGUGUUUGGAGGGGACGACAACACUGUGUUUGGUGGGGACGACAACACUGUGUUUGAAGGGGAUGACAACACUGUGUUUGGUGGGGACGACAGCACUGUGUUUGGUGGGGACGACAACACUGUGUUUGGAGGGGACGACAACACUGUGUUUGGUAAGGACGACAACACUGUGUUUGGAGGGGACGACAGCACUGUGUUUGGUGGGGACGACAACACUGUGUUUGGUGGGGACGACAACACUGUGUUUGGUGGGGACGACAACACUGUGUUUGGAGGGGAUGACAACACUGUGUUUGGUGGGGACGACAGCACUGUGUUUGGUGGGGACGACAACACUGUGUUUGGAGGGGACGACAACACUGUGUUUGGUAAGGACGACAACACUGUGUUUGGAGGGGACGACAACACUGUGUUUGGAGGGGACGACAACACUGUGUUUGGAGGGGACGACAACACUGUGUUUGGAGGGGACGACAACACUGUGUUCGGUGGGGACGACAACACUGUGUUUGGAGGGGACGACAACACUGUGUUUGGUGGGGACGACAACACUGUGUUUGGAGUGGACGACAACACUGUGUUUGGUGGGGAUGACAACACUGUGUUUGGUGGGGACGACAACACUGUGUUUGGUGGGGAUGACAACACUGUGUUUGGUGGGGACGACAACACUGUGUUUGGAGGGGACGACAACACUGUGUUUGGUGGGGACGACAACACUGUGUUUGGUGGGGACGACAACACUGUGUUUGGAGUGGACGACAACACUGUGUUUGGUGGGGAUGACAACACUGUGUUUGGUGGGGACGACAGCACUGUGUUUGGUGGGGACGACAACACUGUGUUUGGUGGGGACGACAACACUGUGUUUGGUGGGGACGACAACACUGUGUUUGGUGGGGACGACAACACUGUGUUUGGUGGGGACGACAACACUGUGUUUGGUGGGGACGACAGCACUGUGUUUGGUGGGGACGACAUCACUGUGUUUGGUGGGGACGACAACACUGUGUUUGGAGGGGACGACAACACUGUGUUUGGAGUGGACGACAACACUGUGUUUGGAGUGGACGACAACACUGUGUUUGGUGGGGACGACAACACUGUGUUUGGAGGGGACGACAACACUGUGUUUGGUGGGGACGACAACACUGUGUUUGGUGGGGACGACAACACUGUGUUUGGAGGGGACGACAACACUGUGUUUGGAGGGGACGACAACACUGUGUUUGGUGGGGACGACAACACUGUGUUUGGUAAGGAUGACAACACUGUGUUUGGUGGGGACGACAACACUGUGUUUGGAGGGGACGACAACACUGUGUUCGGUGGGGACGACAUCACUGUGUUUGGAGUGGACGACAACACUGUGUUUGGAGUGGACGACAACACUGUGUUUGGUGGGGACGACAACACUGUGUUUGGAGGGGACGACAACACUGUGUUUGGAGGGGACGACAACACUGUGUUUGGUGGGGACGACAGCACUGUGUUUGGAGGGGACGACAACACUGUGUUCGGUGGGGACGACAUCACUGUGUUUGGAGUGGACGACAACACUGUGUUUGGAGGGGACGACAACACUGUGUUUGGUGGGGACGACAGCACUGUGUUUGGAGGGGACGACAACACUGUGUUCGGUGGGGACGACAUCACUGUGUUUGGAGUGGACGACAACACUGUGUUUGGAGUGGACGACAACACUGUGUUUGGUGGGGACGACAACACUGUGUUUGGUGGGGACGACAACACUGUGUUUGGAGGGGACGACAACACUGUGUUUGGUGGGGACGACAACACUGUGUUUGGUGGGGACGACAACACUGUGUUUGGAGGGGACGACAACACUGUGUUUGGUGGGGACGACAACACUGUGUUUGGAGGGGACGACAUCACUGUGUUUGGAGGGGACGACAACACUGUGUUUGGUGGGGACGACAACAUGUAUAAUGUGGGAUAA